UAUAUGCACAACAACGAAACGCGCUUUGUCCACAUUUGUCUAACAAAUUCAAGCCAUGAUAGAAUGAAAUAAAGGCCAAAAGUGUAAAAAAAAAAAUCUUUGCUCUUUUCAAUCAGUUUGUUGUUGUAGUUUUCGAAUGGCGAAAUGUGAAUGUGUAUUAAAAUAAACAAGUUGGUUGUUAUUACUUGAAUAAGUGCUACUUCGGCGAACGUGAAAAUACAUACAAAUAAAUACAAAUAAAAGAACGAAAAUAAAAACGAACGAAGAAACAAGUAACAACGAACAGAAAUAAACAAAAGAUACACAAUUUAUAUACAAAACGGAGAGACACAUAACACAACAACUGAAAAGAAAUGAUCCGUUAUUAGUUGUGUCGUCAUUGAUUUGAUUGCCUUUUCAUCGAGCUCAUGCACUAUCAAUUUUUUGCAUUUUAAACACAGACAGAUACCAACAUUUUGUGUACAUUUUUUCAUUUUUUGUGUGUAGUUGUUGUUGUUUGAAUAUCUUUACUACGUGAAAAAUAAAACAGUGAAUCAAUCCGAUCAAACAUUCAAAGCAGUGAAGAUAUACCUAAAGAACAUUCCAAUUUUGCCGAAUUGAACGGCAACAAGACUUUAACACGACGAAUCCCAUCAAUUCGUGUCAUUUUUCCAGACGGAAUUUCGAGAAUUGAGAAAUCAGAGCGAAGUGAAAGAUAUCGGUGAAACUAAUUCGCUUGUACACAAUAUAUCGUAUUCAGCAAAUAAAUUGUACGGUUUCUUUUCGACACGGUUAUAGUCGCUUCGACCACAAUAAUCAAUAUAUUCAUUUGGCAGUGCCGCUCAGACAACCGAUUCUAGUUGAACAUUUUUGUUCGAAAACAUUUGCAACGAAUUCAAGAAAUUCAGAGUAACUGUGCAUAAUGUCGGCAAAUUUAAGUGUUGACGGUGAAUUACGGUACAUUAUUCAAUGGUUCAAUGAAUGGAGUGAAUUGCAACGUGAGGAUUUUUUGCCAAUUGUUGUUGAAUAUUUGACUAAAGAUCGUGGUGCACAUUACAUGAAUGGUGUGGUCAACAGCAUGUCGGCAGCAUCCUUUGAGGAGAAACCCAUGAGCUUGUUUCAAUGCCGUGUGAAACUGUUCAAAGAGUGGAGUGCAAAAUGGCCAGAAGACAAUAAAAUCAAAUUGAAGGAGAAAAUUUGUGAAAUUGAUGCGAGUUUCGGUGAAAAAUUGAAUCAAGAGAUUUUGAAUGGAUAUUCAAAUGGAAAUGGUACAUCGGGAUCAUCAUCGCCAACCGAACAAGCACCACCAAUUGCUGAACUACAGAAUGAAGCGAUCGUUGCCUAAAUUUAACGGCCCACAUGAUCAAAGAACACAUAAAAAAUGUACGCGUGUCAAAAGCACUCAAACAUUUGUUUAUUUUACAUCUAUUUUCGAUUUUCUCUUUUCAUUCAUCACAUUAAGUACCAUCGAAAAUGAUGUUGAAAAAGAAAGAGCAAAAUGAAUGCGCCAAAAUAAUUUCCAAUCGUCAUUCCAAUACAUAUAUUAAUAUCUAUUUUACAUAUUGCAAUAAUUUUAGAAAAAACAACAAAAAUGCCACACGAAAUCGUAAUUAGUGUUCGGAAAUGAGUAAACAAGCUCAUUAUUCUGUUAUAUGACACGCAAAAUUAGUAUGGUAAUUAGUUUACCGAAAAUAAUUUCCAUGCGCCAUGUGAUGAUUAGAAAAUCAUACGAAACGAUAGAAAAAUAUAAAUUGUACACAUACAAAUUGCAAUCGAGAAGCAACACACACACAAAUCAAAUCAAAUAUGAAAAAAAAAUUAAAAAAAACAUAGACAUUGCCUAAAUGAAAUGAAAAUAAUUGAGAGGAAAGUGCUUGCACUUGCAAUUAUACUGCUAUUUUACAAGUUGUUUAUUUUUUUUUUGUUUAAUCUACUUUCUUUUUGGAGCCGAACAAAAAGUGCACACAUAUAGUAUCAUCAUUUAAAUGCGAGCAAUCGGUGCCAGAGCCGAUGUGUAUGUGUGCAUAGCGUAUGCUGUGAAAAACGACAUGUCUUCAAAGUCAUUGUUACAUUCUACUUCUUCUCUCUUUUUUUUGUCUUUCUCUCAAUUGUUAUGCAGAUGAGCAUGUGAAAUCCUCUACUAUAUGCAUAUUUUAUACUUUCAACAUUUAAAACAUAGAAAUAGACUCAUACAAACAUUAGAAAUUAUUUCUCCAUUUUUUUCUGUGCUCUUGUCUUUUGCCAUUCGACUUCUUUCUUCGCAUUCAAUUUAAUUGAACAUCCAACUUGAUGAGGUUGGCUUCUGUAAACAGUACACAAAAUUGUUUUGAACACGUACAGUGUUUAGAAUUGAGAUCAACGUAAUAAUAAUCCAUCAUAUUAACACCUUCGGUGCUAAGAAAUCCAUUUCAUUUUAUUUCUUUUUCAAAUGCAACACGCUCACGUGACAAAUGUUCCGUUCACACCUUUUUACAUCGUCUUUUUACAAAAAAAAAA